AUGUUAAAGUCACUCAUUCUACUCUCUGUAGCCUUUACUUCGGCUUUUGUAGUCGAAAAGAAUUUGAAUACUGAUAAACUAAACUUUUUGGGCAAGGAAGAUGUUACUCAUGUACUGUCACGCUUCAAGGAGUUAGGUCAGGACACUAAGACGGCUCUGCUUUUGGCUUUUGAAGUUGGUUGUAAUGUUACUUUAGAAGAUCAUGAAGACUUCAAAAAGUUCUUUUUACAUAUUAUUAAGUAAGUUUCAUAAAAAAUGCUGUUCUGUUAAACCAGGGAAGCUCUGAUAUAAUUAGAAACAACGUAACUUACCUACUUUAAUAUAAUUUUUAAAAGUAAAUUUUAAUUUUAUACCUGCAAACGUUUAGGUACAAAAAGACGUAUAGUACCGAUGCAGAAGUGAGAUUCAGAUUCAAUGUUGUGAAGGAUUCAUUGAGAAAAGUUGAAAAAUAUCAAAAAGAAAAUCCAGAAGCUCAAUACGGAUUGACAAAGCUGUCUGACUUGACUUCAGAAGAGUUCCACAGAUCUUAUGCCAAUUUGGAUUACAAAGCUUACAAAGCCGCUCGUCUGAAUUCCAAAAAUUGUAAGUUUGAAGACCAAAGCCCAUGUAUUAUAACAUUUUUCUACCUUCCAAAUAUUUGCAAUUUAAAGUUUUUUUAAAUCUUUUUUAAAUUUGUUUAAAUAAAAUUUUAAUUUUAAAUUUGCAGCGACCAGAAAAGCAGCUCCCAUUAAAGAAGACCUACCUCAACAUCACGAUUGGAGAGAACAAGGCAAGGUUACUAGUAUCAAAGACCAAGUCAAAUGUGGUGCAUGCUUUGCUUUUGCAGCUGUUGGUGCCAUUGAAGGUAUGCACGCUAUUCGUCACAACGAGCUGGUCGACCUCAGCGUUCAGCAAUCACUAUCAUGUGGUAAUAAUAAAGGUUGUGGUGGCGGAGAUCCAAAUUCUGUCCUCGAGUACCACACUGAUCAUGAGAUUGCUAGAUGGGACGACUAUCCAUAUGUUGUUGGAAACGGAGAGGCAAUGCCACCGUGUGACGAAACGAAGCCUGGCGUCACAAGCCUAGAUCGAUCUGGAUGGCUGGACGCUGAUGAAGAAGUCAUGCGAUCCACAGUAUUCAACAACGGUCCUAUCGUUGUUGGCAUAGACGGGGAACGAUUAAAGGAGUAUCAAGGAGGAAUCAUGCAUGGUGAACAUGGAGAAUUAAACCAUGCAGUUCUUGUAGUUGGAUAUGGAUUCGAACCUGAAGACCACUGGCUGAUCAAGAACUCGUGGGGCACUGGUUGGGGAGACGAUGGUUAUGCUAGAAUUGGAAGAAAUAAAAAUGAUCUAGGCAUUGGAGAACAACCAUUAGCCGCUUACAUUGACAAUUAA